AUGGACAAUCACCAUGUUAAUAUCGAUUUGACGAAAAUAGAUUCGCAAAGUGGUCUACCGAAACCGCUCGAAGGUAUACGCGUUUUAGAACUCGGACAGCUCAUAGCGGGUCCAUUUUGUGCAACAAUGCUAGGAUAUUUUGGAGCAGAAGUGAUAAAAGUAGAACCACCAGAAUCGGGUGAUCCUAUACGCGUAUGGAGACAUAUAGACUCUGAUGGCGUUAGUCCAUGGUAUAGAUCCAUUGCAAGGAAUAAGAAGUCAUGCGAAAUUAAUCUAAGGACUGAAGAAGGAAGAAGUCUUGUAAAAGACUUGGCUAACAAGUCAGACGUGCUGAUUGAGAAUUUUCGUCCGAAAACUAUGGAAAAAUGGGGUCUCGGACCAGACGUGCUUUAUGAGACAAACCCUGGCUUAAUAUACACGAGAGUGUCUGGGUAUGGGCAGACUGGACCAUACGCAAUGAAACCUGGCUAUGCUUCUGUGUGUGAGGCAAUGGCUGGCUUUCGCUAUAUAAAUGGAUAUCCCAAUUCGGCUCCAGUGCGCCCUAAUAUCUCUCUAGGUGAUUCGGUGGCUGGUCUAACUGCUGCUUUUGGCACUGUCCUCAGUUUGCUAGCGAAACAACGGUUAUCACAUACCCAACGCAAAUCUGGUCAGACUAUCGAUGUUUCCAUCGUUGAAAGUAUGUUUAACAUGACAGAAGGCAUUCUUCCGGAAUACGAUCGAUUCAAAACAAUAAGACAACCAUCGGGCACUACCGUCACUGGCAUAGUCCCUACGAACGCAUAUCCGUGUAAAGAUGGAAAGUAUGUGAUCAUCGGAGCGAAUGGUGAUUCGAUUUACAAGCGGUUGAUGAUUGCAGCGAACCGGGAGGAUUUAACGACUGAAGAAUAUGCUACUAAUAAAGAGAGAGUCAAGAGACAGGAAGAAAUUGAUGAUGCGAUAAGUGCGUGGACAAAAGAGUUGACUUCGCGGGAGGUUUUGGAGAGUUUAGAGAAGGCAAAUGUGCCGUCUGGAAGCAUAUAUAAUAUCGAAGACUUUGUCAAUGAUCCACAUGUUGUCGAAAGGAAUAUAUGUGAGGAUGUUAAAGUCGGUGGACAAGAUGGAUGGAACGUUAAAAUUCCAGCAAUACCUCCCAAACUUGAAGAGACACCCGGUGAAAGCAAUUGGGCAGGACCCGACCUCGGACAGCACAAUCGAGAAAUAUUUAUGGAUAUGCUGGGAUUGAGUAGUCAACAGGUUAAGCAAUAUCAAAAGGCAGGAAUCGUUGGGAAAACAUUAUAA